ACCCACACAGCCCCCGCAAGUUGCAUCCUCCGACACCUGGCUCUUCCACCGGCGAGCCGGAUCCCCGAGCCGAGAUGGAAGGAGGAGGAGGCGCCGCCGCCGCCGCCGCCGCCGGGGAUUCCGUGCCUCGCCCUCAUCUCCGACCAGCAUCUCAGGCACCACGACUUCUUUAGCAUUACAGGACGUAGUCUGGUGAGGAUUCAUUGAGAAUGGCCAGUUUUUAAGCAGAGUGACCCCCUGAGCAACAGUUUGGGCAUGGAUUCCGAAUCCUGCACUCGAGCCUUCUCCCAGGCCCGAGUAUAUCUUGAGCAAAUCCGAAGCCGGGUUGCACCAGGGGGCGUUGACGCGCACGGAACUGGGAAGCGUGACUACCUGGUGGACGCGGCCAAGCAGAUCCGCCUGGCUUUGGAGCGGGAUGUGAGCGAGGACUACGAAGAAGCUUUCAACCAUUACAAGAAUGGCGUGGAUGUGCUGCUCAACGGGGUUCAGGUGGAUCCUAAUAAGGAGCGCCGUGAAGCUGUGAAGAGGAAGAUCACCCAGUACUUGAAACGUGCUGAAGAGAUCUUCAACUGCCAUCUGCAACGAACUCUGGGAAAUGGAAGCUCCACUGAAACGGGUUACAGCAGCCUUCGCUUUCGGCCAAUUAGGACACUCAGCGCACCAGUGGAGAACCUGAGGCACUGUAAGGUUGUAGGAAUAAUUGACAAGGUACAGAUAGUGCAGGACCCUGCUACUGGGGGAACCUUUAUACUGAAGAGCCUCCCCAAAUCGCACGUGGAGACCCGUGAAAGGCAGACAAUCAUCCCACAUGGAAUCCCCUUUAUGGUUGAAUUGCUGUGCUACUCUGUAAGUGAGGACUCUGUCUUCCUCCACCUGGAGCACGUGAAAGGGGGGACCCUCUGGUCCCAUCUGCGCUCACAGAAUAGUUUCCAUCAUAAAUCCUCCAGCACCUCCAAUACAUUGAAUGCAAAGCUCAGCUUGGUCUUGAAUCACACCAGUGAAGAAGCGGUCACAGGAAACCCUCAAGAAGCCGAUUCUGUGUCCCAGCAGAGCUGCAAUUUCUGCCCUGAAAACAGCGCUAGCCAGAUCCCUACUGCUGUAAAUCGCCAUCUGUUCAGAAGUGGUGACCCCUCUUUGCCUCGGAAGAAGUCCCUUGACCAUAUUCAUGUGAGAACAUCAAGUAACGAGAAGUGGCAUGUUGGACCUGCAGUUGGACCAUGGGGCAUUAUUGGAGGGAAGCAUUUAAGUGCAACACACACUUUGUCUACACAAUCUAAUUUAAAACCAGCGCACUGGGGGCAUCGCUGCUUGGUCAACCAAAGGACUUUCAGGUCGUGUGACUCACUUAUCAGAACUGAUAGCAUCAGCAGCAUAUCUGAGAGAGCUACCACACAGCAGGAGCCAAAACCACAUGCAGGGGAGAGAUCUAGCCAACGUGUCUCAGAGACAGGAAGAGGAUGUAUGUCAAAAACAGAAGCUCCAUGUCACCGAAUAGCACAGCUUGCGCAUUCUCCAGCUGGCCAAAGACAGGUGCAUCCUGGAAUUCUUCAGCAGAACCCGUGUGGUCAGGAGAACCAACAGAAUGUGACACAAAUGAAAGAAGGGAGCCUUUUGCAGGAAGAGUUGACUGCUGAGCAUAAACAGCACAUAAACCAGCUGGCACCAAGGCAAUAUGGGUCUGCAACGCACCAGGCUGCACACAGGGACAGCCUUGGGGCCUGGGAUGUAAGUGAGGACCAGAUCCAACUUUGGGCAGCUGAACUGGUUUUGGCUUUGGAGGGUCUCCACCAGCAGGGGAUCCUAUGCCAGGACCUCAACCCACGAAACCUACUGCUGGAUGAUACUGGUCACAUCCAUCUCACAUACUUUGGCCAGUGGACCGAGGUGGAACCACAGUGUUGCAAUGAGGCGCUGGAAGACUUAUACUGUGCUCCAGAGGUGGGUGGAAUUUCUAAGCUGACCGAAGCUUGCGACUGGUGGAGCUUUGGGGCGCUGCUCUACGAGUUACUGAGUGGAACUUCUUUAGCCCAGAAUCACCCCUCAGGGAUUCAUCCUCACACCAAGGUUCAUCUUCCAGAAAAGCUCAGCCAGUCUGCUUCAUCCCUAGUCUCCGAGCUGCUGCAAUAUGAUCCCAAGCAACGUUUAGGCUCUGGCGAAGAGGGAGUGAACAGGAUCAAGGCACACCCUUUCUUCAGCACCAUCCAAUGGAACAAGUUAGUUGCAUAAUAAGAACCAAAGAGAUUUGGGGGAUGGUGUGGAGCUGUGCUUCCAGAGUGCAGCACCCGGCUGUUUUAACUGCUGGAUUGUGUCCCUGCCAGAUGGAAAACCCAAAUCCUUCUAGAAGCACUUGCCUCCUGAAUAAAUAAAUAAAUAAAUAAAUAAAUAAAUAAAUAGCCCGGGUCUUGUGGACCUGGGUGGUGCCAAUAGCGCUGUUGCUCAGGGGGAAAAUCCACAGAGCUUGGCUGUAGAUUUUUCAGCUUUGAGUUGCUCCUAUUCUGCUUCCUAGCUAUAUGCCAAUAGCAGCUAAAGGGAUCAAAUUCAGCUUUGGAAGAUUUAGCCUGCUGGAGUUAACCUUCAAAGCAUGAACAAAGAUUAUGAGCAUCUUGUAAGGCUGACGUAGCCAGCAUCCUCCCUUCCACAUGUUGCUGGACUCCAGCUCCCACCAUCCUCAGUCAGCAUGACCAGAAGUCAGGGAUGAUGCCAGACAGCUCUUCUGAGCAGUUGGAAGGCGUCAUGUUGGCUACCCCUGCAAUAGAUUCACAGAAUUGUAGAGGUGGAAGGGACCACAAGGGUUCCAACCCCCUGCAAAGCAGGAAACUUUUGCCCAACAUGGGGCUGGAACCCAUAACCCUAAGAUU